UAACUCUCAACCCUAUACUUUGGCUUACUUUUCGGACAAACAUUUGCUCCUAGAGCAGAAACUCAAAUUUUAAUUCAGCAGCCAUGCUCAGCUUUUUGGCCAAGAGGAUUUUGGGGACGCCCAGUGUUUCGUUGACUCCUCGGAAUCCUUUUCACCUUAGCGCUAUCUUGGCGAAAAGGUCCAGGAGAUUUUGUCCCGAGAGUCUGGUUCCCGAUUGCAGGGUGGUGAAGAAGCGGCCUUGCGAUCCCACAGAUCCGCCAGUUCGUCCUUGCAGCGAGGAAGACUGCUCGCAACCUCGGUACCCAUGUUGCGUGAACACCCGCAUCGCAGAGAAUCCCUGCAAUGAUCCUACAAAAAAAAGCCAAUUCGUGUCCAUGUGGGGCGACUACAAGGAGAGGAGGAAAGUGCGGCCGGAGACCUUGUGGCACUAUCCGGAGGAGUGCUGUCCGCCGUGCGGCGACAUCCGCUUCGACGUGCUCUACUACCGGCCGUCGGACAAGUGCCGGGAGUUCCAGCGCACCUGGUGGGAGUGCUGUCCGCGGAUGGUCCCGAAGCGAGUGUGCUGCUGGUGUGACGCCAUUCCGCCGGAGGUCCUACGCCGGGACCUGCCCCUCUGCCCCCGAAACGCUUGCCCCCAGGACGUCGAGAAGAAGCGCUACAAGUGCCUCAACGAAAAGUCCAGAUGCGUGCGCAUGCGCAUGCCCUGCUGUCGAACCGCCCGAAUUCCGCCCGACUGCCGGGUGGGGCCUUCGCCCUCCGAUUGCAAGAAGAUCAAGUGCCCAUUCCCCAGUUACUCCGAAUGUGUCCAGGAGGAUCCCGCCGUGAUCCCAACACGUCCGCCCGAAUGUGAGUGCCUGGCAAACAAGUCCGCUUGCGAGCAGGUCCGAAUUGCCAACCACUUGGCCAAACACAACAUCAGCAUCUGGCCCUGUUGUUACCACAGUCCAUGAAGAUUGCGA